UACUAUUUUAAAUAAAGUCUUUUUUUUUCCGGCGUAACGUGAGGUCAUACUCGCGUCCAUUGAAGAAACGGGCGUGGUUUCGCCCUCGCCCCGCCCCUGCAUGCCCAUAUACGGUCAUUCGACGGUGCGUUGAUUGACAGCGGACAGCAGCUGCUGAGCUGCCCAGACAUGGCGGAGGAUACAGUGUAACAAGAGGCUCGGCGGCGGAGUUCCAGGACUUUUCCCCGGCAGCAGAGUCGCCUCUCGGCUCGCUAGACGCUACACGAGAGGAGGGGGAAAUGUGUCGGACCGACGCGCGCUCGGAAGGGAGGCGGAAAACGAGGUGAAAAAAACAAAAAGAUGGGACAAUGUAUUGCUGUUUAGCAACAAAUAUGGCUCCUUGUGCCUUUUUCGCCAUAAACAUUCAUCUCCCUUUGCCGCGGUGCAUCCGGGGAACUUCUGCUGCCAGCCGCGAUAGUAAGUUCACUUCCAUAAGCUCUCGGUACUUUUAAUUUCGCUUCGGGUAUUCGGCGCUAGCCGCGCCGAGCUAAGGCGAGAGCCAUAGGAGCAGGAAUGGAGCCAAAGCACAAAGAGUUGCUCGACCGGUGCCACCAGAACUUGCUGGAGUCCAUCACGGACGCCGACCGCGUCAUCGAGCUGCUCAUCGUUUCCGGCGCCUUGAGCCAGCUCGACCGCUUCGAGCUGGACCAGAACUGCUCCUCCAGCGCGGAGAAAGUGGAGCUCCUGCUGAAGAUGCUGGUGAACAAGGAGAGCGACCAUUUCCUGGACCUGUGCGUGGCCCUGGAGAAGGCGUACCCGGACCUGCACACCGCCCUCUUCUGCAGCAGCAGCAGCAACGGCGGGGGGCCUGUGGACCACAACACCGGUUCUACAUACAGCGUCCUUUCCACCAUGCCUUCCGACUCCGAGAGCAGCAGCUCCCUCAGUAGCGUCGGUUCGCCUGUGAACGGCGAGGCAUCCUCCCCACCCCCCGCCAUCAAUGACAACCGGCCCCCCGGUGACAACCUGGACACGGUGUUGUUUCAGCUCCGCCAGGUGACCAGGGAGAGGGACGAGCUACGCAAGCGCCUGGCCUUGGCAUCGCCUGGCACCACCUUUGACGACUGCAGGCCAAAUUCCAAAGCCAGCCAUGACUAUGAGCGCUUAAAAAGCCAGUGCAUGAGAGCCAUGGCAGACUUGCAGUCUCUCCAGAACCAGCACACCAAAACACUGAAAAGGUGUGAAGAGGCUGUCAAAGAGGCUGACUUUUACCACAUGCUGCACAGUCGUGUCCUGGCCGAGCAGACGCAGCUGAAAGAAGAGAUGGAGACGCUGAGGAGGGACAACACCCAACUGGUGCGAGAGCACAACCACCUGAAACAGAACUGCGAGGAGCUCAAACGGCUCCAUGGUCAAGAUCAGCAGGAACUGUCAGACCUGCGACUGCAACAGCAGCAGGUAAUGCGAGAAAAGGGCUCCUCGGAGGUGCUGAACAAACUGUACGACACGGCCAUGGACAAGCUGGAGGGCGUCAAGAAGGAGUACGACGCCCUCAGCAAGCGCCACAGCGAGAAGGUGGCCACCCACAACACCGACCUGAGUCGCCUGGAGCAGGCCGAGGAGGAGAACCGGCGGCUUCAGAAGCAGAUGGACGCGUUGCUCCUACAGCGGGAGUCGGCUAUGCACUACCAGCAGCAGUACUCCACUUCCAUUAGGAGGUUCGAUUCCGUGCAGCAGGAGCUGAACAAGUCCUCGGCCCAAAACAAGGAGCUCCAGCGCGAGAUGGAGCGGCUGCAGUCGGAGGUGACGCGCUACAAGAACCUGCAGCUAAAGGCCUCCAAGGACUGCGACAAGUACAAGGAGGAGAGGGACUCCGUGUUCAACGAGUACCGCCUCAUCAUGAGCGAGCGCGACCAGGUGAUCAAGGAGCUGGACAAGCUGCAGACGGAGCUGGAGGCGGCCGAGGCCCGGCUGAAGAACACCUCUUCGGAGAGGGUGGUGGCCAGCGAGGAGUUGGAGGCGCUCAGACAGGAGUUGAACUCGUCGCUGGUGGACCGCGACAGGGCCAUCUGUGAGAGGAACGAGCUCCUGGAGAAGUACUGCCAUGAGGUGAAGGACAAAGCCGAGGCCCAGAAGGAGCUGAGCCAGGCCUGCAAGGACAUUGAAAUGGUGCGGGAGGAGAGGGACGUGGCCCGCAAGGAGAGGACCGAAGCCAUUAUUCAGAGGGAUCAGCUUCUCCGGGAGUACUAUCAAGCACGGCAGAAACAAGACUCUGCCACGCUGGACAUGGAGCGUGCCAACAAGGAGAUAGAGAUGCUGAGGAAGCAGUACGAGGCCAUGUCCCAGGAGCUGAAAGAAGCCACGCAGGAGACCGAGGUGGCCAAAUGUCGCCGGGACUGGGCCUUCCAAGAGCGGGACAAAAUAGUGGCGGAGAGGGAGAGCAUCAGGACGCUGUGCGACAACCUGCGUCGGGAGCGAGACCGAGCAGUCAGCGACCUCGCAGACGCCCUGCGGAAUCUGGACGACAUGAGGAAGCAGAAGAACGACUCUUUGCGAGAGCUGAAGGAGAUGAAAGAGAAAAUGGAGGGCCAACUGGAGAAGGAGGCCAGGUUCUGUCAGCUAAUGGCCCACAGUUCACACGACUCGGCCAUAGACACGGACUCUCUGGAGUGGGAGACCGAGGUGGUGGAGUUUGAGAAAGACCGGGAUGACAUGGACUUGAAGGCGCUCGGGUUCGAUAUCGCAGAAGGGGUCAACGAUCCAUAUUUGCCAGGGGAUUGUGGGAUAUUUGUGACGAGGGUGGACAAAGGAAGUAUAGCAGAUGGAAGGUUAAGGGUAAACGAUUGGUUGCUGAAGAUAAACGACAUGGACCUGACCAACAAGGACAGGAAGCAGGUGAUGAAGGCGGUCCUGAACGUUGGCAGGUUGAUCAACAUGGUGGUACGGAGGAGGAAGUCUCUGGGCGGACGGCUGGUUACUCCCGUUCAUAUUAACCUGAUGGGACAUAAAGACAGCGGAAUAGGCCUGGAGAAUGGUGUGUUCGUCACCACGGUGGUCCAGGGUAGUCCAGCUGCCAGGGAAGGCACGCUCACUGUGGGAGACAGACUGAUCGCUAUAAAUGGCAUCGCUCUGGAUAACAAAUCUGUGACAGAAUGUGAGGCCCUGUUGAGGAACUGCAGGGACUCUCUCAGCCUCUCUCUCGUGAAGUUUUUCCCUCACAGUACAUCCGGCCAGAACAUCUUCGAGAGUCUGCGCGAUUGCUCCGAGAAGUCCAACGGGCGGAUUCACCUGUCCGAAAUCCACUCGCGGAACAGCCGCAACCUCAGACACAACAGCUCCACGCAGACGGACAUCUUCUGCCCCGACGUGGGCGGCGCCAGCAUGAGCAGCAUCCCCGUGGAGCGGCGGAAGCUCCGGGGCGAAGCCGACGAGCUUUACGCCGACAUCGGCAAAGCGUUCUCCCUCCAUGCCACCAGCCUGCGGCCGGCCUCUGACUUGGGUACUGGCCGCUACGGCCCGAGCGCCUUCCAAGAGUGCUGCCCCUACAUGAAGGCACCUUCCUCUUUGCCCUUUGACCCCGUCUCCGCGCCAGAGUGCCUCACCGGCGAGGCCACCCAGGACAGGAAGCACAGCGGAGGAACGUGGCCCAAGAUGGUGGCCGGAGGCAUGUCGGUUGCACCAGACAACACCAGCUCGGUCACGGCCGCCGCGCAGCUCUCAAUCUAUAAAUCACCCAAGCAGAGGAAGUCCAUCUUCGACCCGGACACCUUCAAACGCCCUGAAACGCCCUCCUCUAAGUUGGAGUACAUGGCGGCCAAUCAGAUCGCGGCCGUGGCCUCUGCAGCGUCGCACUCCCCGCAACCCUCAAAGACGGACUCCCUCUCCUCCUCCUCCACUCCCACCCCUCCGACGCCCCCCACCCGCAGCGACUCCUUCAAGUUCAAACAUAAACAUCAAAGCAGCUCGGCGUCCGACUGCACCAUCACGUCGGACGGCAAGGGAGACGCGGCCGUCGCCGCGGCGACAGGCGAAAGGGAGCGAGACCGGAACGGAAACCACUACUUCCUGGACGGUAAAGUCCUGACCUCCAGGAAGUCGUGCGACGAGGACAUAGGACGCACCAGAGGAGAGGAGCCCGAAGUGAAGAGGCCGCGCCCCAAAUCCGCCCCCGCCCUGCGCCGCAGAAUGACGCCACAGACCAUCACUCUUCCCGCCUUCCAGAGCUACUCCAACGACGAGCAUUCGCCAGAACCCAGAGACAUGCUGCGCUCCUCUCCCAGCCGCUCCCACCGGCACAGCGUUGGCUUCGUCCCCACGGUCUAUAACGGCACCCUCCCCCCCAAUUCAGCCCACCGGGGUCUGUCUCCUUGCCCCGCCGUGACGGCCGUGAUGAGGAAUCCCGUGUACACCGUGCGCAGUCAUCGUGUUCAUACCAGCAACUGUCCAUCAGUGGCUUCCCAGAUCUGUCACCAGCACACGCCCACCAGCCCUCAACAUCAGGGUAGACUGAGCCUGGAUCUCAGCCAGCAGAAGCGGGUCGGCGACUACGCAGAAUCCUCAUCGUCACGCAGCAGCCGAGCCUCACACGGUACAAACUCACUGCCCUCCGGCGCACGGCUCGGUUCUUCUAAUAAUGUCCAGUACCGGGCUGAGAGGAUCAAGAUCCCUUCUACUCCUCGCUAUCCUCGCUCCAUGCUGGGCUCAGACAGAGGCUCCCUCUCACAUUCCGAGUGCAGCAGUCCCAGCCUCAUCACGCCGCCGCAGUCGCCACUCAAUCUGGAGACGUCCUCCUUCGUGAGCAACCAAUCACAGGGCUCCAUUUCCACUUUACCUCGCAUCUCGGUCAGUCCGGUGCCAAUCGGGGAGCGCCGGAAAGACAGAUCUCUUUACCGUAACCGAUCUUUUCUCAGGAUUCCUCUGGCCGCAAGGCCGAGGUUCUCCUCUCUCAGGAGCCUCAGGCCUUACUUGGAGGAACCCCGCAACGUCAUCGUGCACAAAGGCGUCGAGCCUCUGGGCAUCUCCAUUGUGAGCGGCGAGAACGGAGGCAUCUUCGUUUCGAAGGUGACUGGAGGUAGCAUCGCCCACCAGGCAGGCCUGGAGUACGGGGACCAGUUACUGGAGUUCAAUGGCAUCAACUUGCGUAACGCUACGGAGCAGCAGGCUCGCCUCAUUAUUGGUCAACAGUGUGACACCAUCACCAUCAUGGCCCAGUACAACCCACACAUGUACCAGCUGGGCAACCACUCUCGCUCCAGCUCUCGUCUUGAGCCGGUCAGCACCCAGUCUACUCCUCAGGGGAGCGGCGCAGCCACCCCAGACAAUCACUCCGCCAUCGACACGCUCAGCGAACAGGACGAGGGCACCCUUACCCCUUCCUCAAAACAGACCACGCCCACCACCAGCCCCCGCAACUAUGUCAGAAUGCACUCUGACGGCAACAAGAAGGCGGUGGAGCCUCGACUGGUGACGGUGCACAGGCCUGGCGUGGAGGUGGGGGUCACGCUCUGUGGGGGGAACCUGCGGGGCGUCUACAUAGAAAGCCUGGAUGAGGACAGUCCUGCCAGAGGAGCUGAUGGGUUGCGUCCUGGUGACCUCAUUCUGGAGUACAACACGGUGAAUAUGAAGAAUAAGACGGCGGAGGAAGUGUAUGUUGAAAUGCUGAAGCCGGCCGAGACGGUCACUUUGAAGGUGCAGCAUCGAGCGGACGACUUCCACGUGCUCAAAGAUGUUCCAGGCGAUGGCUUUUAUAUCAGAGCGCUUUACGACCGCGUGGGGGAGGCCGAGGGGGACCUCACGUUCAAGAAGGAUGACAUCCUGUACGUGGAUGAGUCGUUACCAAAGGGCAGCUUCGGGACGUGGAUGGCCUGGCAGCUAGAUGAGAACGCACAGCAGAUCCAGAGGGGACAGAUCCCCAGCAAGUACAUGAUGGACCAAGAGUUUUACCGCCGACACAGCGUGACGGAAAUGAAGGAAGACUCCGGCAAGACGCUGUCCGCCGCCGCCCGUCGGUCGUUCUUCAGGAGGAAGCAGAAACACAAGCGCAGCAGCUCCAAAGACAGUAAAGAAAUGGUGGCUUUGGACGCCAUCAGCACCGACUCCAUCCCCUUCCUGGAAGACUGCGUGAGCUUGGCGUACCAGAGGGUCCAGAAGGUGGAGUGCGCCUCUCCUCGACCGGUGCUGGUCCUGGGGCCGCUGACAGACCCCAUCAAGGAGAUGUUAGUCAAAGAGUCUCCGGGGAAGUUCUGCAGAUGUCUGCUAGAGGUCAUGAAAGCGUCCCAACAAGCCAUCGAGCGAGGCGUCAAAGACUGCCUCUUUAUCGACUACAAGCGCCGCAGCGGCCAUUUUGACGUGACCACGGUUGCCUCGAUAAAGGAAAUAACAGAGAAGGGUUGUCACUGUUUGCUGGACAUCGCUCCGCACGCCAUCGAGAGACUGCACAGCGUUCACAUUUAUCCUAUUGUUGUCUUUGUGCGCUACAAAAACGCCAAGCAGAUCAAGGAGCAGAAAGAUCCUGUGUACCUGCGGGAUAAAGUCUCUCAGAAACAUUCCAAGGAGCAGUUUGAAAGUGCGCAGAAGAUCGAGCAGGACUACAGCAAGUUCUUCACAGGUAUCGUUCAGGGCGGCUCCCUCCCUUACAUUUGCACUCAGAUCACCACCAUAGUGGAUCAAGAACAAAGUAAAGUCCUGUGGACUCCACUUGGCUGCCCCUAGUGGACCAGGGUAGCACUCAUCCCAAACACACACACACAAUGACACACCAAGUGUUUUAAACCCCAGUCACACAUUUGGUACACUAACCAGCUACAGUAUCUCAAUUGUUGCUGUCGAGUUUUCCUCAUUUCAUGUCAGUACUGAAGAGCCACAAAGUGAUACCGUGUGUCCUGCUCCAAGCUCCUUUAGGCUUCUCCAAAAAAAUGUGUGUGUGUGUUUAUUGUGUGUCAUCUGCGUCCCUUCACUCUCUUUAACUAUACUGUCCAACAGUCUCUCACUUGCCCCUACCUCCUGUGCACACUAACUUUAACACUAAUCAAGCUCACCACACACCCUUAGGGCCGCA